AUGAAGAUCACGGCUCUGCUGGUGCUUAAAUCUACCGGUGACGGUUCCGAAUCGGUGUUUCUAGCAAACGCUUCAGAUGUGAGCCACUUCGGUUACUUUCAACGCUCCAGCGUCAAAGAGUUCAUCGUUUUCGUAGGUCGCACCGUAGCCAAUCGUACCCCUCAAGGACAGCGUCAAUCCGUUCAGCACGAAGAGUACAAGGUGCAUGCGUACAACAGAAAUGGUCUCUGUGCAGUGGGAUUUAUGGAUGAUCACUAUCCAGUUCGGAGUGCGUUUUCUCUUCUCAACAAGGUGCUGGAUGAAUAUCAAAAGAGUUUUGGCGAAUCAUGGAGAACCAUUCAAGAAGACAGUACUCAAACAUGGCCCUAUUUGAAUGAUGCUCUCACGAAAUUCCAGGAUCCUGCAGAGGCUGACAAGUUGAUGAAAAUCCAGAGGGAGUUGGAUGAAACAAAAAUCAUCCUUCACAAGACCAUUGAUAGUGUUCUUGAACGAGGGGAGAAACUGGACAGUUUAGUUGAGAAGAGUUCUGAUCUGAGUGCAGCGUCGCAGAUGUUCUACAAGCAAGCGAAAAAAACCAAUCAGUGCUGUACAAUAUUGUAA